AUGGCGGGGCCGGAACACUUACUAGCCGACUCCCUGAGUGACUACCAGUUCAGGGAUGGACCCUCAGCUUACUUCCCCUUAACGGUUCUUUCCUCUCUUGCAGACUUAUUUCGUUCCAAAACGGCAUCUUCCUUUUAUCGAGUUGUCUUAGUAGUCGGCCUCGGUGCUCCCAUCUAUUGUGUGCCCCCAUCCGGUCCCUCCAGCAGAGGGGUCCCCCCUCCUUCCUCCACAAAGAGCAGCCCCACCUUUCAAAUGUCUUCCAGCAACACCAACUUCGCCUUCCGACUAUACUGGAAGCUGGCAUUGAAGACCCCAAGUAAGAACAUCUUCUCCCCAAUGACUGUCUCUGCUUCCCUGGUUAUGCUCUCACUAGGGGCCCGCUCAGCCACCAAAACCCAGAUCCUCCAGAGCCUGGGCUCCAAUCUCACACACACGUCAGAGCCUGCCAUCCACCAGGGCUGCCAGCUCCUGGUCCACGCACUCAGUGUCCCCAGCAAAGACCUGGACUUGAAGAUGGAGAGUGUCCUCUUCAUCAAAAAGGAGCUGCAGAAAAAUUUCUAGGACAAUGUUAAGAGGCUGUAUGAGUCAGAAGUCCUCUCUACAGAUUUCUCCACCACCUCCACUGCCUGGGAGAGGAUCGACAGCUACGUGGAGAAGGAGACCAAAGGAAAGGUUGUGGACUUAAUUCAAUGCCUUGAACUUCUGACAGCCAUGGUCCUGGAGAACCACAUUUUCUUUAAGGCCAAGUGGGAGAAGCCCUUUAACCUUGAAGAUGCAAGUAAAAGCUUUCCAUUCCUGGUGGGCAAAGGAACCACUGUGCAGGUCCUGAUGAUGCACCAGGUGGAGCAAUUUGCUUUUGGGGUGGAUCUGGAGCUGAACUAGAAGGACUACAGUGGAGAAAUCAUGGCCUUCUUUGUCCUCCCUGGCCAGGGCAACAUGAGGCAGCUGGAACAGGCCUUGUCAGCCAGGACACUGAGGAAGUGGAGCCACUCACUCCAGAAGAGGUGGAUAGAGGUGUUGAUUCCAAAAUUUUCCAUUUCUGCCUCCUAUGAUCUAGAAACCAUCCUCCCAAAGAUGGGCAUCCAGCAUGCCUUUGACAAAAAUGCUCAUUUUUCUGGAAUCACUAAGAAAGACUUUCUGUGGGUUUCCAAAGCCACCCACGAGCCUGUGCUGGACAUCAGAGAGGAGGACACCGAGGCCACAGCAGCCACAGCAGCCACAGCCACCAAGCUCAUGCUCUGGUCGAAGGAUGGCCCAUCCCACUCCAUCAUCCGUUUUAACAGGCCGUUCCUGAUGCAGAUUAUAUAGAGAUCCACAGAGACCACUCUCUUCCUAGGGAAAGUGGGAAAUCCCACUGAGUUCUAGGUGGGAAAAGGCCUGUUGGCCGAUUACACAUUGACAAUGCGCAGGAAAUAACAAAGCACAUGGCACUACGCUCCUGGUAUGACAUUAGGAUGUGUCUCCUCCUGCUCUGAGGGGUCACCUGACCCCAGCAGAGCUGCCUCGCUGCUGGGGCUGCCACUUUUGAGGUUCAGUCAUCAACAGUGAGUGGAGAUCCCAGUCACAAACCAAAGCCCAUUUCGCCAGGCAGGGCCCUUUUCUGUGAAUGCUCCCAGGUAAUUAGCGCUAUGGAACAUUUCUAGGUUGGCAUAUUUUCAUUCCUCAGAGCCCCUGGGAAUGGUAACAUAGAGGUCAGUCCCCUUUAUUGCAGAAUUACGGUAAUAAAUUCGA